AUGGUAUGUGUCGCUCAAGGCACUUGCAAAGGAAAACCAAUUGAUGAUCCAACACUCGUUAAAAAAUUAUUAGAAUUAUCCGAUAGUAAAACGGAACAUUUACCAGGUCUUUUACCUUUUGUUCCUGGAAUGCCCGUUAUUUUAACACAAAAUAUUGCUAUUGAACUUGGUCUUAUUAACGGAAUGAAUGAAAUCUUUCGACAACUUGUCUAUGAAGAAGAUUCUGUGUCAACAAAUGUUCUUUCCGAAACAUUUCCCAACAAUACAAGAUAUAUUUAUAAACCUUUAUAUGCUUUGAUUGAAAUUAUCAAAUCAAAAAUCGAAUGUAACCUCGAACAACGUCAACCAAACAUCAUUCCAAUACCUGUGAUGGAACAAACAUUCCGUAUUGAUAUUGCUGAUGUAUUACCAAAAAAGAAGAGAUCAAAAUCAAAUCAAAAAGUAAUUUUAUCAAUAAAGCGGCGCGCAUUACCACUCGUACCUGCUUAUUCUAUUACGACACAUAAAAGUCAAGGCCAAACUUUAAAUAAUGUUAUAAUUGAUUUAAAACUACCAAAUGAAACUGACGAUAUCGCCGCAAUUUACGUACCUUUAUCACGUGUGAAACGUUUAGCUGAUUUGAUCAUCCUGCGACAUUUUGAUUUCAAGGUUUUAUUAAUGAAACCAAGUAAAUCUCAACUCGCCCAAAUAGAAAGAUUAGAUAAAUUAUAUUUGGAGACACAAAGUCGUUUUUCAGAGUGGUUUUAA